AGUUAGUUAUUGAUUUCUAUUUUGCUCAACUUUGCAUUAUAUCCUCACAAGUUUCUCGGUGAAAACGUUCUAGCAAAUUCCUUUAAUAUUUUAAAAUUUUUAUUUAUAACCCGUACUUUAAUCCCAAAGACUAACUUUAAUAAACUAAAAAGCGAAAAAAUUCAUAAAAUUUAAUUAUUUCGGAGUUUUAAGUUUCAUAAACACGAAGUGAACAGUGUAAAGCAAACAAGAUUUCCCAUCUACUUGAGAAUCCGCUCCAUCAAUCGCCUUCGGCUUCGGGCACUGUGAUUGUGGAGAGAACGGAUUUUUAUAACGUGGCCAGCGGCGACAUCAUCAGAACGCAGCACAGUAAAGUGCACCCUAGUCCGGGGGCCGCCCGCAGUGUGUGGGCGUUGCCCCUGACAUCAUGUAACAUGGUCGCUGAAGAAGAUAGCGCCGCCAACACGGAAGAACGUCCGCACUCACCACCGUCGUUACGUCGUGGCGUACGUAGCGGCGUAGGUGUGAACAAUGUUGGCGGCCGAGUUGGACACACGGCUGGAGGAGAUGGCGCUAUCGACGAUCACGAUGAUAGCAACAUACUGUUAUUCGAGGGUCUUGACGGUGCUAUGGCACAUUUAGAUGAUAUAUUUGAUGUGAUAAAAAAUGGCGAAGUAUGUGAUGUGGAAAAUUUGGUGGAGAAAUUCGGAAUAGAAUGUUUGUCGGCACGCGAUCGACAUGGUUAUACGCCAGGCCAUUGGGUUGCGCUGAAUGGCAAUGUGGAAAUGAUGCGUUAUUUAAUCGAACGAAAUGCACCAGUUGAUUUACCCUGUCUGGGUACACAGGGCCCGCGACCUAUACACUGGGCAUGUCGCAAAGGUCAUGCGGCUGUGGUUCAAGUAUUGUUGCAGGCAGGUGUUGCUGUAAAUGCAGCUGAUUUUAAGGGUCUUACACCGCUCAUGAGCGCCUGUAUGUAUGGCAAGACAGCCACUGCUGCUUACUUACUCGGCAUGGGUGCGUUAAAUCACUUAACGGAUAUAAAUGGUGACACCGCUUUACAUUGGGCAGCCUAUAAAGGUCAUGCCGAUCUAAUGCGUUUGCUAAUGUACUCUGGUGUUGAACUGCAGAAAACGGAUAAUUUCGGGUCGACACCAUUACAUUUGGCUUGUCUUUCGGGCAAUAUGACCUGUGUACGCUUAUUGUGUGAAAAAUCCAAUAUGGAUUUAGAGCCGCGUGACAAAAAUGGUAAAACACCGAUAAUGUUGGCGCAGGCACAUCAACAUCAGGACAUUGUGCGUUUGCUGUACAAUGAAGUUAAGAAAAAAUCACGUUGGAUUCCGUCGAUUUCAGAAAUUUGGGGUUGGUUAUUUGGUGGCGCUGGCGAUUCAAAGGGACCAUUGCUACUUUUUUUAUUCUCAGUACUAUUAUGGGGAUAUCCUAUGUAUAUGAUAAGGGCUAUACCAAUUACCUGGAACAUACUUCGCCGCUCCCAUUAUUGUUUCAUCUAUUGGAAUGCUGUCAUGUGGAUCAGUUGGGUCAUUGCAAAUCGCCGAGACCCUGGCUACAUACCACUCAGCUCGGACGCUUACUAUCGCGCCAUCAAACAAAUACCGUAUUUUGAUAAGUUGAAAAAACGUAAUGUGAUAUUGACGCGUUUGUGCCAUAGCUGUCGUUGUUUACGACCGUUGCGUGCUAAACAUUGUCGCGUCUGCAACCGUUGUGUUUCGUAUUUUGAUCAUCACUGUCCGUUCAUCUAUAAUUGUGUGGGCUUGCGAAAUCGUAUGUGGUUCUUCUUGUUCGUACUGUCAGUGGCGGUGAAUUGCUCGUUUACCAUUUACUUUGCUUGCUACUGUGUAAUGAUUGAGGGCUUUACAUUGCUCUAUGUCUUGGGUUUGCUGGAGGCGGUGGUCUUUUGCGGACUCGGUUGGAUAUUGACUUGCACUUCGAUAUUACAUGCCUGCAUGAAUCUCACCACGAAUGAGAUGUUCAAUUAUAAACGUUAUCCAUAUUUACGUGACAAACGUGGCCGUUAUCAGAAUCCAUUUUCACGUGGUCCUAUACUGAAUUUAUUGGAAUUCUUUGUUUGUCUACCUGAUCGGAUUGAUGAAAAUGAUCUACUCAUGGAGGAUAAUAUUUGAUUGAAAACUUAGGUACGCGCUAAUGCGCGGCGCCGUAAAAUACCAGCACAUGGAUAAUAAAUAGCUUAAAUCAAAUGAGCGGGGUUAUAAAAUCCCCUCUUGGCAGCUAAAUGCACAUUGAAUGAAAGAUAGCUAAAUACUUGCUUAAAUAUAAAUUCACCACGCGGCUUAAGUCUACAAAGCAUUAUUACGAAGAAACAAAUUAAGAAUGACUGUGAAUUGUUACGCUAAAACUUUGAAACAAGUUUCAAGAAAAUUCCGCGUUGUAUGUGGUCAGAUGACCGGAAGGCAAACUAAUAAUACUUGUACAAAUAUUAACUCCAGGAUGGUACAAAUGCAUGGUCUAAAACGCCUAAUAAGCUAAUUUGUACAAUGAACCGCAAUGUGUUUAUUGAAAUGAAAAAAAUACUUAGCAACUUUCUUUCGAAUACGGUUUUUCAAGGAUUCUGAUCAAUGUGACCGAAACGAUCCGAAUUUAACUUGGUAGUAUUUAUAUGUUUU